AUGCUAGCGCGUUUUACGGUAUUCUUCUUUCUGCUGGUGUUGUUUUUCCAGACCUCGCUUCAAGUUGAGCCAGAGCUGUGGCUGCUGGAGAAAGGGGCCCCGAGAACGAUGUGCACGCUGAUAAAGUGGCCGAACGAAUGCCCAGACCGCACGACGUGUUGCUUCGUCGGGCUUCCGAAACCGCAUGGGGAAUGCUUCCCGGGAAUUCACAUCGGAUGCGAU